AUGCCUCUACGCAUCCAAACGCGCUCUUUUUCCGUCCUCAGUCGCCCAAAGCCAAACUAUCCCGGCCAUGUGCCUCUGACCUGGGUCGAGCGAUGCGGCCUUGCUGUCGGCUCUGCCGUUGGCUCCAUGCUCGACCACCACCGCCACGAUCUGGUUGCUGCUCUAGGCGAGGCAACAUGCAAGCCCUACUUCAUCACCCGUCUACGACAGAGCAUGCUAUCGCAUCCCACUGGCCGCCGCAUUCUCCGUGACCGUCCCCGCAUCUCCAGCAAGACCAUGUCGCUCGAAUAUCUGCGCACUCUGCCUGACAACUCAGUCGGUCGUGUCUACGCCCAAUGGCUCGAUCGCGAGGGCGUCACUCCCGACACUCGCGAUCAAGUUCGUUACAUUGACGACCCCGAAGAGGCCUAUGUCAUGCAGCGCUACCGCGAGUCCCACGACUUCUAUCACGCCCUCACCGGCUUGCCCGUCUUCGCAGAAGGCGAAAUCGCCCUCAAGGCCUUUGAGUUUGCAAACACUCUAUUACCAAUGACUGCGCUUUCCCUGGCCGCUGUCGUCAAGCUCAAGCCUGCCGCUCGCCGCCGCUUCUGGUCUAUAUAUCUGCCUUGGGCCGUGUCCAACGGACUGCGCGCUGAACAUGUCAUCAACAUCUACUGGGAAGAGGUCCUGGAGAAAGAUUGCGAUCACUUGAGACAAGAGCUUGGUAUCGAGAAGCCUCCAGACCUCCGUGAACAAAGAAAGAUGAUGAGAGACCAGAAGAAGGCCGAAAAGGCUGCUCGCGAAGCUCAUCAAACCGUCGGUCAAGGUAUCAUGUCAAACUGA